ACACUCGAAUGCUUUUUUACAACGAUACUCUUAGACCUCCACCAAAACUGAGAGUACAUAGAUUUAAGUUCGUGUGAACUCUGACGUACGAACCUCGCCUAUCUUCUCUCCCGCCUUCCAAAAGGGGAAAAAUCUCCUCCAGAUAAACAAAUUGAUAUCCACAAACAGAAGGUAACUAACUACUGCCUGUUGUUGAGAGGGUCUAAUUUACCGAACGAAAGAAACACUUACAGCAUCAAUGUGCACUGUGAUUCACCAUUCCAAUCCAAUUCUAAGCUUGAAGGAAUUACAGGGGCUAGCAUAUCCAAAUGGUUCGAGCAAUAAGAAGCAGCAAAAGUGUUUAUGGAGUGCUUCAUUGUACAGCACUAAUAAUAACACAGUGGGAGACAACAAGACCAAUGGCCGCAAGAAGAAGAAAGAAUGGGAGGAGAGCGUAAAAGUUGUCGUGGUGGACUAUGACCAAGGCAAGCACGAGACGAGGAGUCAAGUGAUGGGGCUUGGCAAAGAGCAGGUCUCUAAAAGGUACAGGAAUAGACUGAAGGAAGGGCUUGGGCAGCAUGACUGGACUAUCAGCCAGGUUGUGGCAGAGAUUAUGAAGCUGAGGCCUCAGGAAGAUGUUGAUCAUUUGCUCAAUCACUGGGCUGGUAGAUUUCACAGGAAGAAUUUCCCAAUUCUUAUCGAGGAAAUCUGUAAGAUGGGCGAACUAAAACAUGCUGUUCGGGUUUUCAAUUGGAUGAAGAAUCAAAGAAAUUAUAGUGCUCGGAAUGACAUAUAUAAUAUGCUUAUUAGGCUGUAUGCAAGACAUAAUAUAACUGAUCAAGCACGUGGCCUUUUUUUUGAAAUGCAAAAAUGGAGGUGCAAACCAGAUGUGGAAACAUAUAAUGCUUUAAUCAGUGUUCAUGGUCGAGCAGGAAAAUGGCAGUGGGCUAUGAGUAUCUUUGAUGACAUGCUACGAGCUGCUGUACCACCAAGUCGUUCUUCAUACAACAAUCUUAUAAAUGCUUGUGGUGCUUGUGGGUGGUGGGAGGAAGCUUUGAAGGUGUGUAGACGAAUGACAGAAAAUGGAGUAGGUCCUGAUUUAGUCACUCACAAUAUCAUCUUGUCUGCUUUUAAAAAUGGAGCCCAAUAUGGAAAAGCAUUGUCUUACUUUGAGCUUAUGAGAAAAAAGAGGGUUAAACCAGAUACAAUCACUUUCAAUAUCAUCAUCAGUUGCCUAGUCAAGAUGGAACAGUAUGAUAAGGCUGUUGAAACAUUCUAUUUAAUGAGGAGGACAAACACAAUUGAUUGUAAGCCAGACACUGUGACGUUCAGCACCAUCAUGCAUGCCUAUGCUGCCUGUGGGCAGAUUGCAAAUGUCCAGGCAACAUUUGAAAUGAUGAUUGGAGAGGGUAUACAUGCAAAUGUUGUUUGCUAUAAUAUACUGAUAGGUGCAUAUGCUUCUCUGGGACUGUCUGAGAAUGCCUUAGAAACAUUCAAUUUGCUUGGGAAAAAAGGUUUUCGGCCAGAUAUUGUGUCAUAUACAUCUCUACUUAAUGCUUAUGGAAAGUCUGGACAACCACACAAGGCUAGAGAAGUCUUUGACUCAAUGAAUAGCAUUUCAUUAAAACAGAAUAUAGUGACUUAUAAUGCCUUGAUCAAUGCAUAUGGCACUGCAGGAUGCUGGGAAGAAGCCUUGAAACUGCUGCAGCUAAUGGAAUGUGCUGGAAUUCAGCCAAAUGUUGUUACGAUAUGCACUCUCUUGGCAGCCUGUGGCCAUUGUAAUCAACUUGAAAAGACCAAUUCAAUUAUUUCUCUGGCAGUUUCUCAGGGCAUUCAACUCAAUACUAAUGCAUAUAAUACAGCCAUAGCAAACUUUAUGAAUGCAGGAAUGUAUGACAGGGCAUUAUGCAUACAUAAGAAUAUGAAAGGAAAGGGGAUAAAACCAGAUGCUAUUACUUUUAGCAUCCUGAUUAAUGGUGCCUCUAAAUUAAAAGGUCACAUUGAAGCAAAGAAACACUUUGAUGAGAUGCUAGACAUGGAAAUUGGGAUAACUGUAGAAGCAUGUACAGCCUUUAUUGAUGCAUAUGUUAAACAGGGUCUACUAAAUGAAGCUGAAAUGAUAUUCAGUAAGAUGAAGACAUUUGGUUGCUUGCCUAAUGUUGUUACGUAUACCAUUUUAAUCCACGCCUAUGGAAUGCUAGGAAUGUGGGAGAAAGCUUAUUCCUUGUUUGAAGAGAUGGAAAUGAAUAAUAUUGGAGUGGACAACAUUGUAUACUCAACACUGAUGUCAGUGUUGAACAAGGGAGGCCAACAUGAAAGAGUACUUUAUUUUGCAGAAAGAAUGAGGGAGAAAGGAGUGACUUUCAGUGAGGCAACCUACUUCGAAAUUGUAUCAGCUUGCAGCAAGUUGCGAGAUUGGAAUACAACAAAUAAAAUUGUGAAAGAGAUGGAACCUUCAUUAGAAAAAUUAUCAAUUGGAUUUUUGAAUCAUCUUCUACGGACUCUUGGGAAAUGUGGAAAAGUGGAAGAAAUGAUGAAGAUGUUCUACAAGCUUGAACAAGCUGGCAUAGAAUCAACGUUGGAAACUUACAAUAUUCUACUAGACAGUCUUUCAGCAACUGGAAAAUGUAGAAAAUGUAUGGAGAUUCUUAGUUGGUUGGAAAGUUCGAGUAUACAACCUCAAGUCAACAUGUACAAGAAGGUUCUCAAAUGCUUGGAGAAUGAGGGCAAUGAUGAGUACAUUGUUCUUGUCCAAGAGAAAAUUGAGAAAAUGCAAAAUAUAGAGCUUGCAUCUGUUAAAGCAAAAGAUGAGGCAGUUUUGGAUAGAGUUGGUUCUACGAGUACGGAAAAUAACUUAGAUCCAAUUCCUUAAACCUGAAUUUUAUUCGUUUGUAUACUAUUGGCGAAGUCCUUUUAAUACAUAGAGGAUUAAGAAGCCAUUGUAGAUGGUGAACACUGUGGAGGGAGGCUCAGACCAAGUUAAUGCAUUCUAUGGAUGUAAUCAGGUUACUAAGAUAAAGAAUAUGAAGUGUAUUCCAUUGACAAUGUAGAUUGGCUGUUACCAUGGAGUUGGAGAGUUACCUCGUAACAAGUUGAAAUAUUGACAGAAUCCGACAAACCAACCUGAUCAAAGUGAAGUUUUUGUUUGCAUCUAAUGACAGUAACAUUAGAAUUUUAGUUUCGUGUAUGCAAUGGAAAUGAGCAAUGCAUUAUCUACAAUAAUGAGCAAGCUCUUCGUUUACGCUACUUUCCUCAAAUCCCAAAUCUUGUGACUGUAGAUUAUUUGGUAUACAGCAAACAAGGCUUUGGGAAGGCUGACAAUUUCAGGAAUUCUAUGUAGCACCUCUUGCUUUAGGAAUUGAAGUUAUAGUUUCUA